UAAGACCAGACCGUAUUGUCGAUUGCCGAGCGUACAUUCAGAUAUCUGUUGUCGUUACGGUCUACAUUAACGUUUAUGUGAAGCUUUCAUAAUACAGCUUAAGACGGCUGGUUUAGAUAAUCAAGAUAAAUGACUGUAUCAGUCCGUUUUAUUCUUAUUAGAAGUCAGUUCUACUAAUACUAGCAGACAAGGCGACCCAUAUGGACCCGACGUCCAAGUCUGGGUUGAAUCAGGUGUCAGAUGUGGUGUUUGUCAUAGAGGGAACUGCAAACCUUGGUCCGUAUUUUGAAUCACUUCGGAAGAAUUACUUACUACCGACUAUAGAGUAUUUUAAUGGAGGACCACCUGCUGAAACAGAUUUUGGAGGAGAUUAUGGUGGCACUCAAUAUGGACUUGUGGUCUUCAACACAGUGGAUUGUGCUCCAGAAUCUUACGUCCAGUGCCAUGCUCCCACCAGCUCCGCUUUUGAGUUUGUCUCUUGGAUUGACAGCAUUCAAUUCAUGGGAGGCGGAGCAGAGAGCUGCAGUCUCAUAGCUGAGGGUCUUUCCGUGGCCCUGCAGCUCUUUGACGACUUCAAAAAGAUGAGGGAGCAAAUUGGUCAGACCCACAAGGUUUGCGUGUUGCUGUGUAAUUCUCCUCCGUACUUACUACCGGCUGUGGAGAGCGUCAGCUAUACGGGCUGCACCGCAGACAGCCUGGUCCAGAUCAUACGUGAUCGGGGGAUCCAUUUUUCUGUAAUCGCUCCACGGAAACUUCCAGCGCUUCGAUCUCUUUUUGAAAGAGCAUCCUCUGUAGCAGGUGCACCAGAAUCCUCACACCCAGACUACAGUCAAGACCCCUUUCACAUGGUGUUAGUCAGGGGCAUUGCACUUCCUGUAGCUCCUGGAGGAGGUUCUGGUACAGUCUCCCUUAAACCUGUCUUGCCACCUCAGCCUUUACCAGUGUCCCUGUCUAUGGGCUCAGUAACCCAGACUCCUCCUCCUCCCCUUCCAUACCAGAAGGCCUCUCUAAACGCGGCCCAUGAUGCAGCACAGAAGGUGCUAGAUGCAGCCACUCAGCAGCAGAAGAGCCGAUUUCCUCAAAUGCAAAAUACUCCCUUCAGCCAAUCACUCACAUCAGGAGGUAAACCCAACCUAUCCACAGUUACCACAGUGUCACCGCCAAUGUUAACGCAGCAACAAGUUCCACCUCAGCAGCCACCGCAGCAACCACAAGUCCCACCACAAGGUCCACCUGCACCCAAUCAGCAACCUCCUCAGGCCCCUCAGCCACAGCCCACCAAUCAGAAGACGCCGCCAACAACACAGCCUAGCAUGGCAGCUCUACCUGCACCUCCAGCUGGGGCACAGCAAGGUGUUGCCAAUAAGAUUGUAGCAUGGAGUGGAGUUCUAGAAUGGCAGGAGAAGCCCAAGGCUUCCUCCAUGGACUCCAACACAAAACUUACGCGCUCCCUGCCCUGCCAGGUCCAGGUCAGCCAAGGGGAAAAUCUAAAUACAGACCAGUGGCCACAGAAGCUGAUCAUGCAGCUCAUCCCUCAGCAGCUCCUGACUACUCUGGGCCCUCUGUUCAGAAACUCUCGUAUGGUACAGUUUCUGUUUACUAAUAAAGAUAUGGAGUCUUUGAAGGGACUGUAUCGCAUCAUGACCAAUGGAUUUGCUGGUUGUGUGCACUUCCCCCACAGUGCUCCGUGUGAGGUGCGUGUGCUGAUGCUGCUGUACUCGUCUAGGAAGAGGAUCUUCAUGGGACUCAUCCCUAAUGACCAGAGCGGAUUCGUCAAUGGCAUUCGGCAGGUUAUCACUAACCACAAACAAGUGCAGCAGCAACGCUCGAUGAACAAUGCUGUUCAGAUGCAACCUGGACAGGUCCCACCCAAUCAGAACUUCCUCAACAGACCGCCGGGCCCCAUCCCCGUUACGCAUGGCAACGUGCAACAGCAGUCUGUGGUGGUGGGCUUGCCCUCCGUCAGUCAGGUCAUACUGAUGGAGGACCAGCAGAGACAAAACAACAUGCUGAGAGCAGCCAUAACAGGUAAUCAGCAGCCGCCGGUCACAGGUGCUCCGCCCAAUCAGGUGGCCCAAGCUCAAGCCCAGCCUCCUGGUGGCAUGCUGCGCCUCCCAAACCCAGGCGCAAACCCCCAACUCCGCAGUCUCCUCCUCAGCCAACAACCUCAGGGUGGGAUGCAGGGCAUGCAGGGAAUGCAUCCUAUCCAGCAGAUGGUCCAUCCUGCACCAGGAGGGGGCGCUCAGAUGCAGCCUCAGUGGAGGCAGCCUCACCAAGGUCCACUGAUGAUCCCUACAGGUCCACGGGGUCCAGUCGCACAGAAUCCUGGGAUGCCUCCGGUGUCAAGCAUUAUGGAGGAUGAAAUUCUUAUGGAUCUUAUCUAAGGACUGCUUUACCCAUCAUUCUUUGCUUCAGAGGUUUCAUUACAGAAUACAGGAGUCAUCUAAGCUCUGUUCUUUUUACUUUUUGUUAGAAGCAGGUGCAUAGGGGAAGGUUAGAGGUGUUUAGAGUGAGAUCAGGAGUUUAUUUUCAUACUCGCAUAUUCGUUGAUGCAUUUACACACAAACCUAUCACCGUAUCAUGAGAGCGGUAACUUGAUUGUACAUACAGACGGACCGAAGAGCAAGGCGUUUCAUCACUCUACACCUCUCGCCUCAAGAUUAAUCACACGAAUCCGUUUACUAUUAUAUUUUUAUGAAAGUUUUACUUUCUAUCGCUUUUACUUUUUCUUAAUUUGUCUUUUGAAAUCUAGUAUGUUGUUUUAUGAAAACGAAUAAAGUUAAUUUUCUC